AUACCAAUGUUUUAUAAUGUUUAAGAGGUCGAGGUUGACGUGAACCUUGAUCCCUGCGAAGACGGUUUUUACUUCGCCAUCCGUGCAACGAUAGAGGGUUCCUACUCACGAUGGAGCGCUCACAUUAGCUUCACUUCGUGACCACGACGAGAGAAAGGCAUGUCUGAGCGCGACAUCCCACAACUGCUUACGCCUGUUACUCCUAGUACCUCCGACGAACCUGUGGAAAACAUCAUCGUUUCUGUCUCGACUACGUUCUUCCCCGGCGCAGAACAUGCCCAUGUACCAGGGUUCCCCGACUUCAUCAUCGUUUCGUCCGACAGUGUCCACUUCUACGUACACGUAGACAAACUCCUAGACGCAUCUAAAAAUGGCUUCAAUUCCCUUCUCCCACUACGCCCUGAAGACCAAAAGGACGGGAUGGAACUGGUCCUCAAGCUCCCGGAGACCUCCUCUGUGCUCAACAUCAUCUUGCAUACCAUCUAUACUAUUUCCUGCGCACAUUAUUCUCCAACGGUAGACGUAAUUGUUGAAGCCGUCAAUUCGUUUCCCAAAUACGGGAUCCCUGUGGGGACGUAUGUCGCACUUUGGACACCUUUAUACCAGCUCAUUCUCUCCGUAGCACCUUAUUCCGCCAUCGAAAUGUACGCAUUGGCGGCCUCACACGACUUGUACGACCUCGCAGUACCGAUAUCUUCACAUCUUCUUGGCUUUCCCUUGUCUUCGAUUACCGACGACCUCGCGACGAGAAUAGGACCUGUAUACCUGAAGCGGCUUGUGUUUCUAUAUUUGAAUCGCAUGCGUGCUUUGAAACAACUUUUAUUAUGUCCACCACGCCCGCAUGAAGCCACAGAGAAGUGUGAUACUCUGGAGCAGAAGAAGCUUACGCGUGCGUGGGCGUUGGGUGCUGCUAAUCUUGUGUGGGAUGCGAGACCAGGUCUGUAGGAUUGAUUAUUGCUUAGGUUGAUGGUCUAACAUGUACGUUGUGCCAUGACUCUCUGCAAGCUCGUAUCAGGGAGCUUGUUGUUCAAUGGUCUGAUGUAAAGGCGAGUAAUGAAGUUUGGUCUCUGGUUCUGGCUUGUCUCUUGUUUGUUUUUUGUGCAAUUGCUUGAUUAUCCACCGAUCUGAUUGAUCUCUUGUUUUCUUUGCAGACAACAAUCUAAUCAUACAACACAUACCUAUCGAGCAUUCACGGUCUCGAAUAUCAUAUACACCCCCCAUCAUUAUCUUCAUCACCAUCAUUGUCGCCAACAACAACGAUAUCCAACAACCAAUCUUCUUCCACCACAACUCCGUAAACGUCUAUAAUAUCUCAACAAUCGACAUCGCAUACACGAAUGAUAUCACCCACCAUACUUAUUACACUGUAUCCAUAUCCAAACCUGCACGAGGCCAUUUCUCAUACACGUCCACAUCGCCAUCGUCAACCCUCCCCCAAUUAAUCUCCAAAACUGUAUCGAUAAUUAUCAAGAAAAUUCAAAUGGUCGCGGAUACACGGGUGCGCCAUUAUUUACAUACCACACACCGGCUUGGUCCCACGUAGACGAACGAUUCUUCGGUUCACAUUAGACUCAUAGGUGAGUAUGUUGCUUUUGGUCUCAAGCCUCUGGACGAGUUCUCAUGUCGCACACAACCCCAAUGUUUCUCGCUUUGAUACAUGCGAUUUUGAUGCGCUCUUCGAUUUUCAGUUCAUAUCUUGCGUACUUACUUGCGAAAUGAUCGUCAGGAGGGUAUAGAACAUGUACUGCGUUGUGCCAAUACAUGUAUGGUGCAAAACACCUAGUCACUGCUACUUUUGUACAGCGGAAACAGCAGAUUUUUUAUUUACUCUUGCAGAAACACACCUUUUCGCAAGAGGAAUCGAUUC